AUGGGACUUUUAACAGAAGCAGAAAAACCCAAGUGCAGACUACAGGCAAAAGCUGAAUAUCCGCAGUUAUCGAAGGAUGGAGACAUUAUAAUUGGAGGGAUCUUUUCUCUCCACAGUGGUUGGACUGAGGCAAAUCUCACUUUGUCAACCACACCAGAGCCACUGAAAUGCAGAAGCUUAAUAGGUUUUGUUGUUAUAAAGGUGCCUGUGUCAGUGUGCAGUGAGAGCUGUCCUCCAGGCACUCGGAAGGCUGUUCAGAAGGGAAGGCCUGUCUGCUGCUUUGACUGUGUACCAUGUGCUGAAGGAGAAAUUAGUAACACAACAGAAAUUCUCCCUGGCAUUACCUUGGGCUAUAAGAUCUAUGAUUCGUGUGGCUCUAUAGCUCUGGCAGUAAAAGCAGCCCUGUUGUUAAUCAAUGGACUUGAGGAACAUCUCUCUGACACACCUUGCACCAGGCCAGCUACAGUUCAAGCAAUAAUAGCAGAGACAUCAUCAUCGCCGACAAUAGCAAUUUCAACAUCGGUCGGACCAUUUCAGAUACCAGUGAUAAGUCACCUUGCUACCUGUGCAUGCUUAAGCAACAGAAAAAGAUUCCCUUCAUUCUUCAGAACAGUUCCAAGUGACUAUUAUCAGAGCAGAGCCCUGGCUCAGCUGGUGAAGCACUUUGGAUGGACCUGGGUUGGAGCCAUUAGAAGUGAUGAUGACUAUGGCAACAGUGGGAUGGCUACUUUUGUGGAAGCUGCACUGCAAGAAGGAAUUUGCGUUGAAUAUUCAGAGGCAUUUUAUAAAACCGAUCCAAGAGAGAAAAUUCAUAGAAUUUUAAAAACUAUUAAAAAUUCCACAUCUAAAGUUAUCCUGGCCUUUUUACCCCAAGUGGAGAUGUCCAUGUUACUACAAGAAAUGCUGCAGCAAAAUGUGACAGGUGUACAGUGGAUAGGCAGCGAGUCUUGGAUUACCUCCAGGAAUCUCGCCACUAACGAAGGGAGUAAACUUCUUGGAGGUGCAAUUGGAUUUGCCUUUAGAAAAGCAACAAUACCAGAUCUGGAAGAAUUCUUACUGAGUCUCAGUCCUUCAGCUGUACCUAACAGCCAAUUUAUGGAGGAGUUCUGGGAGACUGUUUUCAGCUGUAGCCUGAACACUUACAACAAGUCAAUAGUGACAAAGACAUGCACUGGAUUUGAGCAUUUAAGCCAAGUGAAUAAUGAAUACACUGACGUAUCCGACAUGAGGAUCCCCAAUAACGUAUAUAAAGCUGUGUAUGCCAUUGCUCACUCGCUGCACGAACUUCUCACAUGCUCUGAUACAAUAUGUCCAAACAAAAUAAGCAUGGAGCCAUGGCAGGUACUGAACCAAAUGAAAAGCAUUAAUUUCACCACCAGGACUGGAGAAGCUGUCUAUUUCGAUGAGAAAGGAGAUUCAGCAGCAAGAUAUGAUUUAGUAAACUGGCAGAUAAAUGAUAAUGGCGUUGCUGAAUUUAUUACGGUUGGAUAUUAUGACACGCAUCUUCCAGAUGACCAUCGGUUUAAAAUGAAUAAUAUUAAAAUUGUCUGGAGGGAUGGUCAGGAUAAAGUACCCCAGUCUGUAUGCAGCAAAACCUGUUUCCCAGGGACACGUAAAGCAAUUAAGAAAGGAAAACCUAUCUGUUGCUUUGACUGCGUUCAGUGUGCACAAGGAGAAAUUAGCAACCAAACAGACUCUCUUGACUGUGACAAGUGCCCUCUAGAAUACUGGUCUAAUGAAAACCGAGACCAGUGUAUUUUGAAGGACACUGAAUUCCUGUCAUAUGAAGAAACCUUGGGGAUACUCCUAUCAAUUUUUUCAAUGCUUGGAGCAUGCUUCACUUUAGCUGUUGCUAUAAUUUUGUUUCACUAUAAACAUACUCCAAUUGUUAAAGCCAAUAACUCUGAACUGAGUUUCCUUCUGCUCUUUUCAUUGACACUGUGUUUCCUCUGUUCACUUACUUUCAUUGGCCAGCCCUCUGACUGGUCCUGUAUGUUGCGCCACACAGCAUUUGGGAUCACAUUUGUCCUGUGCAUCUCCUGUGUUCUGGGCAAAACAAUAGUGGUGUUAAUGGCCUUUAGGGCUACACUGCCAGGCAAUAACAUUAUGAAAUGGUUUGGCCCCAAACAGCAGCGUUUAAGUGUUCUGGGUUUCACACUAGUACAGGUCUUGAUUUGUAUUCUUUGGGUGACAAUAUCACCUCCUUUUCCCAACAAGAACAUAAAAUAUUAUAAAGACAGAAUCAUUCUGGAGUGUGACCUGGGAUCUGCAGGUGCAUUCUGGGCUGCGUUAGGGUAUAUAGGAUUCCUCUCUGCCCUGUGCUUUGUACUCGCUUUCCUGGCUCGGAAGCUGCCUGAUAACUUCAAUGAAGCCAAAUUCAUUACAUUCAGCAUGCUCAUAUUCUGUGCUGUCUGGAUCACCUUUAUCCCAGCCUAUAUCAGCUCCCCUGGAAAGUUCACAGUAGCUGUCGAAAUAUUUGCUAUUUUAGCUUCAAGUUUUGGGCUGUUGUUCUGUAUAUUUGCCCCCAAAUGUUACAUUAUCUUAUUACAACCCGAGAAGAACACAAAAAAACAUUUGAUGGGCAAAAUGCCCAAUAAGUAA